AUGAAGAGAGCCAACUACACAGAGGUAAUAGAGUUUGUUUUUCAAGGUUUCUCCAAUUUGCAAGAGCAUCAGCUCACACUCUUCAUUGUCUUCUUUGUCCUAUACAUCCUGACUCUAACUGGCAAUGUUAUCAUUGUGACAAUUAUUCGCAUUGACCAUCACCUUCACACCCCCAUGUAUUUCUUCUUAAGUGUUCUCUCAACUUCAGAGACUUUCUAUUCUCUGGUCAUCAUCCCACGCAUGCUUGGCAGCCUUGUGGGUCUGAGCCAAACCAUCUCCCUGGACUGCUGUGGAAUUCAGCUAUUUUUUUUCCUUGGAUUUGGGAUCACCAACUGUCUCCUGCUAGCAGUCAUGGGUUAUGAUCGCUAUGUGGCCAUCUGUAACCCACUUCGCUAUAGUAUCAUCAUGAAUUGGAGGGUGUGCAUCAUGCUGGCAUCUUCAGUCUGUGCCACGGGGUUCUUUCUUUCACUAGUCCAGGCCAUAGCCAUAUUCAGGCUACCAUUUUGCCACACACUGAUUAAACAUUUCUUCUGUGAUGUCCGUCCUAUUUUGGAUCUGGCCUGUACUGUACCAGUCAUCAAUGACAUCUUGACAUUAGUACUCACCCUCAUGGUCAUCACAGCCCCUGCCUCUUUUCUAUUUGUCUCCUAUGUUCUUAUUAUUUCCACCAUUCUCAAGAUUGCCUCAGCUGAUGGCUGGAAAAAAACUUUUGCCACCUGCAGUUCCCACCUCACUGUGGUUGUGAUCCAUUAUGGCUGUGCCUCCAUUGUAUACUUCAAGCCCAAGUCAGAGAAAAAUAAGGACCAAGACCAGCUGAUCUCAGUGACGUACACUGUAAUAACACCUCUGUUAAAUCCUGUUGUAUAUAGUCUGAGAAACAAAGAAGUCCAGGAUGCUUUGCGAAAACUCUUGUGUAGAAAAUACCUAUCUUAG